ACUGUGUGCAUGGGACAGGAUGCUUCCAUGGAGCCCUUCAGCAGCACAAGUGGGGUCUUUCAGUGCAAAAUAUACUUCCUUCUCUUAGCAGGCACUUGCUCGGGGCUGACGGUGACAGUGCCAUCACACACAAUCCAUAGCAUCAGGGGUCAGGCCCUCUACCUGCCUGUGCACUAUGGCUUCCACACUCUGGCAUCAGACAUCCAGAUCAUAUGGCUGUUUGAGAGACCCCACACAAUGCCCAAAUACUUACUGGGCUCUGUGAAUAAGUCUGUGGUCCCGGACUUGGAAUACCAACACAAGUUCACCAUGAUGCCACCCAAUGCAUCUCUGCUCAUCAACCCACUUCAGUUCACUGAUGAAGGCAAUUACAUCGUGAAGGUGAACAUUCAGGGAAACGGAACUCUAUCAGCCAGUCAGAAGAUACAAGUCACCGUUGAUGACCCUGUCACAAAACCGGUGGUGAAGACCUGGCCUUCUUCAGGGGCUGUGGAGUAUGUGGGGAACCUGACCAUGACAUGCCUGGUGGAAGGGGGCACUCGACUGGUUUACCAGUGGCUGAAAAAUGGGAGGCCUGUCCAUACCAGCACCACCUACUCCUUUUCUCCCCAAAACAACAGCCUUCGCAUUACUCCAGUGACCAAAGAUGACAUUGGGAAUUACAGUUGCCUGGUGAAGAACCCUGUCAGUGAGAUGGAAAGUGACACAAUUAUACCCACCAUAUAUUAUGGACCAUAUGGACUUCGAGUUAAUUCUGAUAAAGGGCUAAAAGUAGGAGAAGUGUUUACUGUUGACCUUGGAGAAGCCAUCCUGUUUGAUUGUUCUGCUGAUUCUUAUCCCCCCAACACCUAUUCCUGGAUCCGCAGGGCUGACAAUACAACAUAUGUCAUUAAGCAUGGGCCUCACUUGGAAGUUGCAUCUGAGAAAGUAACCCAGAAGACAAUUGACUAUAUGUGCUGUGCUUACAACAAUGUAACCGGAAGGAGAGAUGAAACUCAUUUCACAGUUAUCAUCACCUCUGUAGGACUGGAGAAGCUUGCACAGAAAGGGACAUCAUUGUCACCUUUAGCAAGUAUAACUGGAAUAUCACUAUUUUUGAUUAUAUCCAUGUGUCUUCUCUUUCUAUGGAAAAAAUAUCGACCCUACAAAGUUAUAAAACAGAAGCUAGAAGGCAGGCCAGAAACAGAAUACAGGAAAGCUCAACCAUUUUCAGGCCAUGAAGAUGCUCUGGAUGACUUUGGAAUAUAUGAAUUUGUUGCUUUUCCAGAUGCUUCGGGUGUUCCCAGGAUGCCAAGUAGGUCUGUUCCAGCCUCUGAUGGUGUAUCAGGGCAAGAUUUGCACGGUACAAUUUACGAAGUUAUUCAGCAUAUCCCUGCCCGACAGCAAGAGCACCCAGAGUGAACAUUCAUGAGCACAGCAGGCAUUGGAGUGAAGUAAUGAAGGAAUGUUUCCAGGAAAAACAGUGGAAAUGUAUAUUCAUCCAGAAUCAGUGAAGAAAUCAAGUCCAAUACCUCUUACCCAUUACUCCUUUUAAGUGUGGAAUAGAGUCAGUUAUAAAAACUGGACUUCAGUUUUUUUCCAGCUUACACACAUGCAUUGUGCUACAGAGGAAAGUGGUGGAAAAAUAUUCCUCAGUGGACAGUCUUCAGCAUGCUGCCUUGGAGGAAGAAAAGGAUGGGGCUUUCGAAUCAAUCUUUUUGUGUCAACUUUCUCUUUCUCUAACAAGCCCAAUUGGUUCUAAUCUAUACUUUCACUUUCAUCAAUAUUAGCACUUUCCUAUCUAACCUACAAAUAUGGUAACUUUAUAUUUGUUGUAUUAAAUUCAUUAUUGUUAAGAUUGCUAUAUUUAGUUUUUAUUUUACUCCCAAAUUUGUUCCAGAAAUAUUAAGGAUGGUUGCCACAAAAGCAAGACUGUGCCUUCUCCUAGGUUGUCAAUCAUCAAAGGUAUUUUUGAAGAGACUUGUUAAAACACUGAA